UCUUUCCUAUUGCCUACUGAUCAUUCUUAAUUCUCAACCUAAUCUGAAAAAACACUCAUUAACCCACAAUCUUCCUGCUUGGUACCCUCUCUUCUUUUAAUGGUAUUUUUUUAUUUAGCUCCAUCCAAUGAUGCACAAGGCUUGUACUUGUGGGUGCUGUUUGUCCGCUUCUAAAACAGCAGGAAGAAUCUCUUCUUUCCCUACAAAAAUCAACUUCUUUUCUCUUAAUUAUUAGUAAAGUGUCAACUAAUACCAAACCCCAAUGAAACCCUUUUCAUUUUUAUAGGUUAAGCUUCAAGGAAAAUACACAUUCAUCUCUCUCCUUCAUUUCCACCUUCUCCCUCUAAUCUAAUCUAGUCAAGGCUUCACCUAUACAUACAUACAUUACAUUACAUUAAUUCAUGUACACAAGGACCAUAACCCAUUAAAGUCCAUCACUCGAUCUCUUUCUUUCCCAUCUCUCUCUCUAGUCUAUGUAGAUUAAUUAGGCAAAUUCUCCACCACCCUUGAAGCAAAGGAGGCAUCAGCUUUAACUUUUUUAUAUUCUCUCUCUCUCUUUUCUGGUUUUUGGGUGUUCGUGCAUUCAUUGAGAUCUGUUUCAAAAUGGGGUUCCUUGAAGGUUCUUGUUUAAACACAGAAGAGCCACCAAAUAGCUCUACUAGUGAUGCUCUGUCCACUGCUACUUUCAGAGCCAAAGACCAAUACUUUGAGCAUCAUUAUGAGCGAAAAAUGAAAGCUUUUUUGUCAAAAAUGUUUUGGCAAUUUGGUUUGGCCUGUUUUGUGCCAAAUGAGAGUGAUGAAACCAGUAAGGGAAGUAAUAAGAAGAACGCAGAUUUAGAGCACAACAAGGCAUGGUUGUUGGCAGAGUCUGGUGGCUGUGGUGGUGCAGAGUUAACAAAUGCUGAUCCACAAUCAGUUCACUCUUCUUUCAGGUUCAGUUUAUGCUCUCAAGUUGAGCUUGAGUCAAUGAACAUGAAUUCUUCAGCUACUGUUUUGAUGGUGAAUUUGGACAAUGGAUUGAAUGAGACUAGAGCUAAAGAGCUUAAAUGGAGGAGAAUUCAGUCGCUUGAGAGAAGUAUCUCUCCAGUUGCAAAUUCUUUGGUCAGAUUCAGUUAUAGGGAAAUUCUUGCUGCUACUAAUAAUUUCUCAAAAGGUAGAGUUUUGGGAAGGGGAGCUUUGAGCUUUGUCUUUAGAGGUAAAGUUGGGUUCUUGAGGACUGCUGUGGCAAUUAAGAGAUUAGACAAGGAGGAUAAAGAGGCUUCAAAGGCAUUCUGUAGAGAAUUAAUGAUUGCUAGUUCUCUUUACCACUCAAAUAUUGUGCCUCUUGUCGGGUUCUGUAUUGAUCCAGAUGAGGGCUUGUUCUUGGUGUACAGAUAUGUAUCUGGUGGCAGCUUAGAGCGCCAUUUGCACGAUAAGAAGAAAGGGAAGGGAGGAGUUAAGGGUUCUUCAGGCCUUCCCUGGUCUGUGAGAUAUAAGGUUGCACUUGGAAUUGCACAAGCAAUUGCAUAUUUGCAUAAUGGAACUGAAAGAUGUGUUGUUCAUAGAGAUAUUAAACCCUCAAAUAUACUCCUUUCUUCCAAGAAAGUUCCGAAGUUGUGUGAUUUUGGUUUGGCUACUUGGACUUCUGCACCUUCAGUCCCUUUCCUUUGUAAAACUGUCAAGGGAACAUUUGGCUACUUGGCUCCUGAGUAUUUCCAGCAUGGGAAAAUAUCCGAUAAGACCGAUGUGUAUGCUUUUGGUGUGGUCCUUUUGGAACUAAUUUCUGGAAGGAAGCCAAUUGAAGCAAGGAAGCCACUGAGGGAAGAGAAUUUGGUCCUAUGGGCUAAACCCCUGUUGCAGAAGGGAAAUGAAGCCAUUGAGGAGUUGCUUGAUCCACGACUUAAAUGCACUUUGAGAAAUACAACUCAAAUAACCCACAUGAUCCAGGCUGCCACUGCCUGCAUAAGCAAUGAAGAAUCUCGAAGACCAGGAAUAGACGAAAUUAUUGGCAUAUUGAGAGGUGAAGAACAACCAAUCUACUCAAAUAGGAAGAAAUCCAAUUUUUCCGGGAUUAUAGAUUGUUACCCUCAACUACAGCAGACAAAAAGUGAGAUGAAUAGUCACUUAGCUUUGGCUAUGUUAGGAGUUUCAGAAUUUGAGGAUGAUGACCACCUUUAUUGUCGUUAAAAAAACAUGGUAUAUUCAACUUUCUGAUUUUUCUUUUUGGUGUUUUUGCUUGGCGAGAAAGAAUCCUAGAAAUCAGAAUCAAAAACAGUGUUGAAAUUGUAAAUAGGAAAAAAGAAUUUGCUGAGAAUUGUGUAAAUAGCUUCCAUUUGGCUGCCUCAGCUUCGAUGGUAAACAUGAUUUUAAGGUUAGACUUCUAAUAUUAUAUUCUUCGAAGCAAUGUGCUGAUUUUCUAGUUA